AUGGCUACCAUAAGACCUGUUGCAAAUGUUUAUAGUACAAAUGGAAAGAACGUCGUUGGCGAAGUAGAAAUACCAGUAGUUUUUCAAACGCCAAUCAGAAAUGAUUUAAUACAAAGCGUAUAUACAAAUAUGUCAAAAAACAGAAGACAUCCAUAUGCUGUUAAAUUAGGUGCUGGAUAUGAAACAUCGGCUGAAUCAUGGGGUACUGGUAGAGCAGUAGCAAGAAUUCCAAGAGUUCCAGGUGGAGGUACUCAUAGAGCUGGACAGGCUGCUUUUGGAAAUAUGUGUAGAGGUGGUGGUAUGUUUAACCCAACUAAAAUAUGGAGAAGAUGGGGAAGGAAAGUUAAUUUGAAAGAAAAAAGAUAUGCCGUAUGUUCAUCUAUUGCAGCUAGUGGUGUAACAUCAUUAGUUUUAGCAAGAGGUCAUCGUAUUUCUCACCUUAAGGAGGUUCCAUUAGUUGUUAGCAAUGAUAUUGAAUCUCUUACUAAAACAAAAGAAGCUGUAAACUUUUUAGUUAGUCUUGGAUUAAAAGAUGAAGUUAAUAGAUUAGUAAAAUCGAAAAAAAUUAGAGCAGGAAAAGGUAAAAUGAGAAACAGAAAAUAUAAAAUUAGAAAUGGUCCUCUUAUUAUUUAUGAUAAUGAUAAUGGUGUAAAGAAAGCUUUUAGAAAUAUUCCUGGAGUUGAUUUAUGUAAAGUUACUAAAUUAAAUUUAUUAAAAUUAGCUCCUGGUGGAUCUAUAGGUAGAUUGUGUAUAUGGAGUGAAAGUGCUUUUAAAAAAUUAGAUGUUAUAUAUGGAAAGAUACAUGAUAAAAAAGUAACUAAGAAAAAUUAUAUUUUACCAAAAUCUAUUGUACACAAUCCUGAUAUCUAUAGAAUUAUACACAGCGACAAAGUACAAGCAAGCUUAUUAGCUAGAAAGAAACCAUGCAAGAAGAGAUUACAAAACAAAAACUCAUUAACCAACUUUGCUGUUAGAUGUAGACUUAACCCAGCCUACAAAUUAUUAAGAUCAUUGGCUGUUCUUAGGAUGAGAAAGAGCAUCCUUGAAAAAUCAAAAAAUAAAAAGGAAAAAAGAGUUCAGAAAAAUAUACAAAAGAAAGAACUACAAAAAAUUAACAAUGACUACUAUAAGGGUGUAGCUAAAGCAGUUAAGAAAAAGAAAAAGAGAGAAGAGAAAAAGGCUAAAUCUAAAAAAACUGAGAACCAAGCUGUUGUAAAUGUUGCAGCAGAAGAAUAA